AUGUUGGCGGAGGUGAUGAACCAUGGAAUGUUAGAGAAGACCGUCGAGAUCAAGCCCGACUGGUCCAAGGGCUACUCCCGUCUUGGCGCUGCUCACAUGGGCUUACAUAGUUACAAUGAUGCUGUAUUGGCUUACAGAAAGGGUCUUGAGAUUGACCCUAAUAACGAUCCACUUAAAUCUGGACUCGCCGAUGCGGAGGCUGCUCUUGCUAGAUCUUCGUCGCCUCGGACCGGACCGGGUGUCAGUCUGUUCGCGGAGGCGUUUGGGCCAGAUAUGUGGGUUAAGCUGGGAAAUGACCCGACGACUCGGGGGUUCCUGCAGCAGCCUGAUUUCGUUAAAAUCUUGCAGGACCUUCAGAAAAAUCCAAAUAAUUUGCACUCGUACGUGAAUGAUCAAAGAAUGAUGCAGGCAUUGAGAGUGUUGAUGAACGUGAAAACUCAGACGAGGGGAGCUGAAGAAGAUACAAAAAUGGCCGAGGCGUCAUCACGUUGGUCAUCAGAGAGUAAGAGGCCUGCAGCUGCUGAGGCCGAUCCUGUCAAGGAGAAGAGGCCCGAGCCGAUGGACUUAGAGGAAGAGAAGGAGAAAAAGGAGAAAAAAACACAGGCCCAGAAGGAGAAGGAGGCUGGGAAUGUAGCGUAUAAGAAGAAGGAUUUUGAGACUGCAAUUCAGCAUUACACCAAAGCCAUUGAGAUCGACGAUGAGGAUAUUUCUUUCCUCACUAAUCGUGCUGCUGUGUACUUGGAGAUGGGGAAGUAUGAGGAUUGCAUUAAAGAUUGUGACAAAGCUGUUGAAAGGGGGAGAGAGAUGCGGUCAGACUAUAAGAUGGUCGCAAGAGCUCUGACAAGAAAGGGAACUACCUUACUGAAGAUGGCAAAAUGUUCGAAGGACUACGAACCUGCCAUUGAGGCUUUCCAUAAAGCGCUUACAGAGCAUCGCAACCCUGAUACAUUGAGGAAGCUUAAUGAUGCUGAGAAAGCGAAGAAAGAACUAGAACAACAAGAGUACUUUGAUCCGCAGAUAGCUGAUGAGGAGCGUGAGAAAGGCAACCAGUAUUUCAAAGAGCAAAAUUAUCCAGAGGCUGUGAAGCACUACACAGAAGCAUUAAAGAGGAACCCAAAGGAUCCCAAGGCAUAUAGCAAUAGGGCUGCUUGUUACACAAAGCUUGGGGCUCUUCCUGAGGGACUGAAAGAUGCUGAAAAAUGCAUUGAACUCGAUCCAACAUUUGCUAAAGGUUAUACUAGAAGGGGAGCAAUCCGGUUCUUUAUGAAAGAAUAUGACAAGGCUUUGGAGACAUACCAGGAAGGACUAAAGCAUGAUCCCCAGAACCCGGAAUUGUUGGACGGUGUUAGGAGGUGUGUGCAGCAAAUAAACAAGGCUAGCCGUGGAGACUUGAGCCCCGAUGAACUCAAGGAGAGACAGGCUAAGGCAAUGCAAGAUCCAGAGAUUCAGAACAUUUUAACGGAUCCAGUGAUGCAACAGGUCCUAGUCGAUCUCCAGGAAAAUCCCAAGUCUGCACAGGAUCACAUGAGGAACCCUCUUGUUAUGAACAAGAUACAGAAACUGAUCAGUGCGGGAAUUGUUCAAAUGCGAUGUUUAUGUGAGAAACAGGAAAAGGGUGAAAAAUUGGAGAUGUACCUGUGGAUUGUUUAUAAUUUUUUGUCGUAUAAGCAUAAUAGACUUUUGCUUGAAAAAAUUGAGCAAGACAAGGAGUGA